AUGCAACCUAAUUCAGAGUUUACAACGGCAUUUUAUUCAGAGCGAACACAAUAUUCUGCUCCAGAGCCAAAUACCACUCAUCCUGCUUCACCACUCGCUACAGAAUCUGCUCCAGAUCCCACUAAACAAUCUACAUCAUUUCCAGUCUAUCCAUGGCAGGCACUUAAUUUUUCCUCCACUGGUAAAGAAAUUGAGCCUACAACACAACCCACUCUAACGCCCAAUACACAAUUUACCGCGCCUCCCACUUCAGCUGCUGGUAAAGAAAUUGAUCUUCCCGCACAAUCUAAUCCAGCGCCCUGUUCACAAUUUAUUGCAGAUCCCACUAAACAACUUACCCGAAAGCCCUCUAUACAAUCUAAUCCAAAGUUUACAACGGAAUAUAAUUCUGAGACAACACAAUAUUCUACUCCAGAGCCAAAGACCACACAUCCUACUCCACCACCCGCUACAGAAUCUGCUCCAGAUCAUACUAAACAAUCUACACCAAAUCGAGUCUAUUCAAGGCAGCCAAUUCAUUCUUCAUCUGCUGGUAAAAAAAUUUAUUUUACCACACAAUCUCCUCCAGCGCCCGAUACCCAAUCUAGCCCAGAUCCCACUAAACAAUUUACGCGAGAGCUCCCCACACAACCUAAUCCAGAGUUUACAACGGAAUCUAAUUCUGAGCGAACACUAUAUUCUAUCCCAGAGCCAACAACCAAACAAUUUGCUCCAACGCCUGCUUCCGCAUCUACACCAUACCCAGUCUAUUCAAGGCAGCCAAUCUAUUCUUCAUCCAUUGGUAAAAAAAUUGAACCCACCACACUAUCUACUCCAGCGCCCACUACACAAUCUAUUCCAGAUCUCUCCAAUCCAUUUAUACCAGAACUCUCGAUAGAAUCUAAUCAAGAGUUUACAACGGAGUCUAACUCUGGGACCACAUUAUAUUCUAUCCUAGAGCCAAAAAUUUCACAAUCUUCACCAGCGCCCGCUACAGAAUCUACUACAGAUACUGCCUCAGAUCCCACUAAACAAUCUACAUUAUAUCCAACCUAUUCAUUGCAACCAAUUUAUUCUUUAUCCACUGGUAAAAAAAAUGAAUCUGCCGCACAGUCUACUCUAGCGCUCGCUACAGAAUCUGUUCCAGGCCCCAAUAAACACUCUACUCCAUAUUCAAUCUAUUCAAAGCCGCCAAUUUAUUCCUUAUCCACUGAUAAAGAAAUUAAGCCCACCACGCAACCUAUUCUCACGCCUGCUAUACAAUCUAUCCCAGAUCCCACUAAAAAAUCUACCCCAAAGCCCCCUACACUAUCUUCCUCAGAGCCCACGACACAAUCUACCACAAAACGUAGCCCAAGUCACGUCUUUCUGAGGCCAAAUACCUGGGAUAGUGAGUCCGACGAAUCUCAGGAGGAGCCCUCGAAUGUUCCACAUGCACGGUCGGGUUUCCCAAAACCAGGGCAACAAUUUCCUGCUCCUUAUUUCUUAAAAUCAGAGCCCAAACCACAGCGAACUGUUGAUUCUGGAUUUACAAGUCAUAAUAAAAGUGAUUACGAAGAAAAAAAAUUCUUAGGAUUUCUGAAACUGGCCGGGGGGAAUCCAAUUAUGAAUGUCCCAGAUAAACGUCCGGGUUUCAUAAAACCUAGCCCAGCUAGUCCUCUCCGUCAUUUAAAAAAAAGAGAGGCUACUCUAUUGUCUACCCUAAAGGUAAAAUCACUUCGAUAUUUUUAUCAUUUAUAUCCUUUAUAUCCUUCAUAUACCACUAAACAAUCUAUCUCAGAGCGUACUACCCAAUAUACUCCAGAAUUCACAACGGAAUCUAAUUCAGAGCCUAAAAUAGAUUCCACCCCAGAUCCAAAUGUACAGCGGCCUUUAUAUCCUGAAUCUACAAACCUUCCUUAUGAAGAAGAGUACAAAGGACCCUUCCUGCGACCUGUAUUUGUGGAUAGUCUCGAUAUGGAAAGUAGUGAGGAAGAUUUAAGAGUUCCCGAAAUGUACCGCUCGGUCUCGCAAAACCAGGAUAACCAUUUCCUAAUUAUUAUUUCAAGAAGGGAGAGCCCACACUAGAUUCCACAUCAGAGCCUCCAGCGACUUUCAUAUCCUGGAUCUACAGAUCAUAGCGAAGGAGGUUACGAGACGUAAAAUCCUUAGAAUUUCUGCAACCAGCCAGGGAGGAUCCAAUAAUCUGGAAAGCCGUGAUUAUACGACCGGACUUCAUAAAACCAGGACAAUCUAUUACUCUUCGUAAUUUAAAAAUUAAAAUUUAAAUAAAUAUACGAACUAGAAAAUAUUUGAAAUAUACUCAUGAUUUUUACUUAAGCUACUUUUAAA